AUGGAGACGCGCGCGAUGCGGCGAACGAGCGGUGGAGUUAUUCUCGCCGUGAGCGCGCCGGCGAACGCGAUCGAUUUGCGCAAGGUGAUCGAGGAUUUGUGCGCGGGGGUGGAUUUAUCCGAGGAGCGGGCGUACGCGGCGAUGGAGGCGUUAUUGGACGCGGAUCAGGCGCAGAUCGCGGCGUUUUUGGUGCUGCUCCGAGCGAAGGGGGAGACAGCGGCGGAGAUGGCGGGGUUGGCGAAGGCGAUGCAGUCGAGAGCGGUGGAGGUGGACGCGGGCGACGAGGUGUUGGAUAUUGUUGGGACUGGGGGCGACGACGCGGGGACGGUGAACAUCUCCACCGGGUCGUGCGUCCUCGCCGCCGCGGCCGGGGCCAAGGUGGCGAAGCAUGGUUCGAGAUCGGUGUCUUCGCUCUGCGGUUCGGGAGACGUGCUCGAGGCUUUGGGGGUGGAGAUUGAGUUGGGUCCGGAGAGCAUGAAGCGGUGCAUCGACGAAGUCGGCAUGGGCUUCAUGUUUGCCCCGAGAUACCACCCCGCCAUGGCCAAGGUUUCUCCGGUGCGUAAGGCGCUCAAGGUGCGCACGGCUUUCAACAUGCUCGGGCCGAUGCUGAAUCCGGCGCAUAGCAAGUACGCGCUCGUCGGCGUCUACAGCACGGGCGUGCAGCAACUCAUGGCGGAUUCCUUGAUGCGUCUAGGGAUGAAGAAGGCGCUCGUCGUUCACUCCAUGGGAUUGGACGAGCUCACGCCGGCUGGCCCGGCGGACGUCGUCGAAGUCACCCCGAACGGCACGCGUUCGUACACCUUUGAGCCCAAGGAUGUGGGCGUAAAGGCGUGUACGCUUGAGGAUUUGCGAGGCGGCGACCCGCAAAUGAACGCCAAGCUCUUGCGCGCCGCCCUGGAGGGUGAGAAGGGUCCGAUCGCAGAGACGCUCAUUCUUAACGCCGGCGUCGCCAUGGCUGCCGCGCAACAAGCCAAGGACGUUACCGAGGGCAUCGCCAUGGCGCGAGAGGCCCAUGAGAGCGGCAAGGCUGGCAAGACGCUUAACGCUUGGAUCGCGCUCACUCAGGAGUUGAAGAAGAACGAGGCGUAA